GUUAUUUUGAAGGACAUGUGUCAUCUAUUUCAGCCCGUUAACUGUGAUGCGCAUUCGAAAAUGGACACAUAUAUAUCAUUUAGUUCAGCCCCUCAAUAAGAUAAGACAAUAAGAUAAUAAAUUUCCGUACAAUUUUUAAUACGGUUUCUACACGCGCGCAUCUUAUCGGUUUUUUUUCGAGGACAAGUGUAGACUUUGCAUAAGGCUUUAAGCAAAGUAGACAUCACAAAGACAGAGACUGAGUUAAAAAGAAAAAGAAGCAUAAGGAAAUAGACCAUCGUGAAACGAUGUCGUUGGACGAAACAGCUGUGGAGAAUUUCCGCGAGUACCUGCGGAUACCGUCGGUGCAGCCGGACAUCAAUUACGAUGAUUGUGUCGCAUUCCUAACUAGACAAGCGCAGUCCCUUGACUUGCCGAUCAAAGUCUAUCACAUACACCCUAAGAAACCGAUCAUGGUUUUGACAUGGGUGGGAACUCAACCGACGAAGCCAUCGAUUCUCCUCAACAGUCACAUGGACGUUGUGCCUGUCUUCGAGGACAAAUGGACCUAUCCGCCGUUCAGCGCUCACAUGGACGAGGAGGGCAACAUCUUCGCUCGCGGCAGCCAAGACAUGAAGAGCGUGGGAAUACAGUACUUGGAGGCGAUUCGCAGACUGAAACUGAACGGACAACGCUGCCAGCGCACUAUCCACGUCUCUUUCGUCCCGGACGAGGAGAUCGGCGGUGUUCUCGGAAUGAAAGACUUCGUGCACACCGCGGAAUUUAAAGCUCUGAACGUCGCUUUCGCGCUGGACGAAGGCGUGACCGCCUCACACGAUUACUUCUACAUGUUUAACGGAGACAAGUCGAGAUGGCAAGUUGAAAUAAAGUGCGCGGGCAAUCCCGGUCACGGGUCGAGCAUGUCGGACAACACGGCCGGGGAAAAAUUGAGAGUCAUAAUCGACCGCUUCAUGGACUUCAGGGCCUCCGAGAAAGCGAAACUCCCCGAAGAUUUAAAAAUGUUGAAUAGCUAUGGCCGAGUGACGUCUGUGAAUCUUACGAAAAUUUGGGGUGGCGUACAGACUAAUGUUAUACCCAUCGAGUUAUACGCUAUGUUCGAUGUUCGUCUAUCAUCUACCAUUGAUCACGAUGAAUUGGAAGCUACUAUCAAACGUUGGUGCAAGGAAGCUGGCCCAGAUGUGACAUAUUCCUUCAAAGAAAAAAAUCCCAAAGUCGAAAACACCAAGCUCGACGAUUCUAAUCCUUUCUGGAUCGCCUUUAAAAAAGCCUGCGGUGAAAUUGAUAUCAAAUUGGAAACUGGUAUCUUAGUGGGAGCCGCGGACAGUCGUUUCAUACGAGGGGUGGGUAUUCCUGCUCUUUGCUUCUCACCUAUUAACAAGACGAAGCUACGUAUUCACGAUAACGACGAAUAUCUGAACAAGGAUAUAUUCCUGAAGGGAAUAGAGAUUUAUACCAAAAUAAUACCAAGCGUUGCAAAUGUUUAAAUUAAUCUAGCUUAUACUUCGUCCUUUAAGUUCAUGGUUCAAAAUGUACUGUCAUCCCUGUGGCGGCGGCGGUCAAUAUGGAAACAUAUAUACAGGGUGAACCUAUACAUCUUUUUACAAAACUUGCGCGUUCAUUCGUUCGAUUUUAAACAUUUAUUUCUCGUUUAUUACUGAGAAUAUCGCAAAAUGGUACGGGACUUUUUCGUUUAUCUCAGUCCGUUUUACCUUCUCACGAGUUUUGUAAAAAGUUGUAUUGUAUAAUUCACCCUGUAUAUGUACAUAUGUAUAUAUAUGUGUGUGUGUGUAUUUGUUUCAAUCCUUCGACUUUUGUAAGAUUUUAUUGGAAAUCCGAAGAAUGAACUACGAUACGAUUACUUUGCGUCCUCGCUUCUAUUAUCUAUCCUUAUGCGGCAAAUCCGCGAUUUAUUUCCACGUGGUAGACUUUGAUCGGCAAGUCGAGGGACUGAACUUGUCUAGUGAAGAAGGCCACACGCUCAUCUGACGUGAAAGAUCCAUCAAAUCGGAAUGUGUUAUGCAUGAGGCGUAAGCAAGUGCAGACUCUUGUCUAAUCCCGAGUUAUUAAAAUUUACAGAAUUAUUUGUAGCAACCAAU